AUGUCGAUCGUAGAAAACGGCAAGGCUACGGCUGUGCCCGACACUGAGCGUAGCCCUCAUUACGGCCAGGGCGAAGAGCUGGGCCAAGACAAGACGGAUCGAAUCAUCAAGGACGAAAAGGUUGAGCUUCAAGACAGCGAUGCUUGGGAUAAGCUUGGAUAUUCUUUUUCCUACUUGGCGCAACUGCUCGUUCAUUUAAUGGGUAACUCCGAGGCCAGAGCGACGGUCCUGCUGGGCCGCAAGACGGGUGAGGAUUCGAGUGUCUAUGGGCCGGAUGAGAUUCGUGGUGGCUAUCGAGUCUUGCUGAGGCAUGUUGGUACAAUCUUUUGGAGACGCUUCUACAUAUUCUUCACCGAGCCCAUUGUGCUAUGGCUCUCGCUACUCAGCGGCUUCAGCGACGCUCUCAUCUUCACCUUCCUCGAGUCCUUCGGCCCCGUCUACGAGCAAUGGGGUUUCGGCAUCGUGGGCACAGGCCUGGCUUUUCCUGCCUAUCCUGCUCAACUACUUUGUCGCCUACGCCUCGUACAUGCCGUCGAUUAUCAAGUUCCGCAAGCAGCACCGCGAGCGUCCUGGCCCCGUUCCCCUCCCCCGAAGCAGCACGACUCUGGUGGCUGCUGUUUCUCGCGCCGCUGGAAACCAUUGUGCCUGUUUGGCUUCGCGUGGACGUUGCUGGGACCCUACUAUGGGAUCCUGUGGAUUGCGCCCAUGAUUUUCUCCGCCAUGAUGGGCAUUGCUAACAUCUUGCAGUACGCAACCUGCCAGUCCUCAAUUUACUACCAAACUGCCGCCUACGGGCCCUACGCCUCGUCCGUAACAGGCGGCAACGACCUUGCCCGCAAAUGCCCUGGGUUGGCAUUGAUUGCAUCGCUGUAG